CCCUCUCUCCUCCUCCCCACCCAUCUGUCCCUCCAUUCUCAGUCCCAGCCUUGGGCACAAGUGGGGGCCAUGGCUGCUGAGGAGGUGCUGCAGACUGUGGAGGAUUAUAAGGCUGAGAUUGAAAGGUUGACCAAGGAGCUGAGUGAGACCACCCAGGAGAAGAUCCAGGCUGCUGAGUACGGCCUGGUGGUGCUGGAGGAGAAGCUCUCCCUGAAGCAGCAGUAUGAUGAGCUGGAGGCUGAGUAUGACACCCUCAAGCAGGAGCUGGACCAGCUCAAGGAGGCCUUCGGACAGUCCUUCACCAUCCACCGCAAAGUCGCAGAAGAUGGAGAGACCCGGGAAGAGACUCUGCUGCAAGAGUCGGCCUCCAAAGAGGCUUAUUACCUGGGGAGGCUCCUGGAGAUGCAGAACGAGGUGAAGCAAAGUAGGGCGAUCAUCACCAACGUUCAGGGCGAGAACGAACGCCUCUCUACUGUCGUCCAAGACCUGAAGGAGAGUAACGAGAUUUUGGAGCUGCAAAGAGUGCGAAUGAAAGAAGAGAUCCGCGAGUACAAGUUUCGCGAGGCGAGGCUCCUCCAGGAUUACACCGAGCUGGAAGAGGAGAAUAUCACCCUGCAGAAGCUGGUAUCCACGCUGAAACAGAACCAGGUUGAAUAUGAAGGUCUGAAGCACGAGAUCAAGCGCUUGGAAGAGGACACGGUGUUACUCAACAGCCAGCUGGAGGACGCCAUCCGGCUGAAAGAGAUUUCGGAGCACCAGCUGGAAGAAGCUCUGGAGACGCUGAAGAACGAGAGGGAACAGAAGAACAAUCUGAGGAAAGAACUCUCGCAGUAUAUAAACAUUAACGACAGCAUGUAUAACAACCACAUCAACAUCGCCGUGGACGGACUGAAGUUCUCCGAAGACGGCAGCGAGUCCAACAACGAGGAGAAGAUGAACGGUCACAUCCACGGCCCCAUCGUCAAGCUCAACGGGGAUUACCGCUCUCAGGCGGUCAGGAAGGGCGAGUCUCUGCACCCCGUCUCGGACCUCUUCAGCGAGCUGAAUAUUUCCGAAAUGCAGAAGUUGAAACAGCAGCUCAUUCAGGUGGAACGGGAAAAAGCCGUGUUGCUGACUACUUUGCAAGAGUCUCAAACCCAGCUAGAACAUACAAAAGGCGCCUUAACAGAGCAACACGAGCGAGUCCACAGGCUCACCGAGCACGUGAACGCAAUGAGGAGGCUGCACAGCGGCAAGGAGCUCGACUCGGACAAGGUGAAGCUCACUGGAGACGAGACUCACGACUACGAGGUCGAUAUUAACGGCCUGGAGAUUCUAGAAUGUAAAUACAAAGUGGCCGUUACAGAGGUCAUUGAUCUGAAAGCCGAACUCAAAGCCUUAAAAGAAAAAUAUAAUAAGCAUGUAGAAAACUACUCGGAGGAAAAGACCAAGCUGGACUCCAGGAUACAGACGUAUGACGAGCAGGUGACGAGUCUGGAGAAAGCUAGCAAGGAGAGCAACGAGAAGCUCUUUGUUUUGGAGAAGGAGCUUCAGAUGAUGACUUGCUUAGCGAACGAGACUCACAAUACCCUCAAUACCGCUCAAGACGAGCUGGUGACUUUCAGCGAAGAGUUAGCUCAGUUGUAUCAUCACGUGUGUCUAUGUAACAAUGAAACGCCCAAUAGGGUGAUGUUGGACUAUUAUAGACAAAGCAAGGUCACUCGUAGUGGAAGCUUGAAGGGUCCUGAUGACCCCAGGGGGCUUUUGUCUCCAAGGCUGUCAAGGAGAGGAAUGGCGUCUCCGGUUGAGUUGAGGAGCCCCUGCGAUCCAGUUCCAAAAGAGAGUACAGAGCCCACCAAAGACCAAAGCCCUCUGAAGUCGACUACAGUGUCUCCUGUCAUGACAGCCCCUCCGUCUUCCCCCGUGUCCGACUCAAGUGACAUUCGGAAAGAGCCGAUGAACAUCUACAACCUCAAUGCCAUAAUCAGGGAUCAAAUUAAACACCUGCAGAAGGCCGUGGACAGGUCUUUGCAGCUGUCACGCCAACGAGCCGCAGCCAGGGAGUUGGUGCCCAUGAUUGAUAAAGACAAGGAAGCCUUAAUGGAAGAGAUCCUCAAACUGAAAUCUCUCCUGAGCACCAAGCGGGAGCAGAUUGCCACCCUCAGAGCCGUCUUAAAAGCCAACAAACAGACAGCAGAAGUGGCGCUCGCUAACUUGAAGAACAAAUACGAGAACGAAAAAACCAUGGUGACCGAAACCAUGACAAAACUGCGCAACGAGCUUAAGGCCCUUAAAGAGGACGCAGCCACCUUCUCGUCACUGAGAGCCAUGUUUGCCACCAGGUGCGACGAAUACGUGACCCAACUGGACGAGAUGCAGAGACAGCUUGCGGCCGCCGAGGAUGAGAAGAAGACUUUGAACUCUUUGCUCCGUAUGGCCAUCCAACAAAAACUGGCUCUCACCCAAAGAUUGGAAGACCUGGAGUUUGACCAUGAGCAGUCCUGGCGCACCAAAGGCAAAACGGCAAAGACGAAGAUCGGCAGCCCCAAACAGUUGGCAUCUUCAAGUGCAAGAAACCCUCUUCACACGUAUUGCACCAGGUUCCCGUUCCUCGAAGCACAGGACAGGACAACACUCAGGACCUCAUUCCCACCAGUCCUUCCAACCAGCCCAGAGAAACCAUCUUCCCUUCUCUUCCACCAGCUGCCUUCUCCGAGAGGCGAGGAACCACAAAGCCCUCGGUGCACCAACGCCUCUCCGCUCCGUGCCUCCAGCCAAAGUUUCUUAUACGGUUCAGAAUCUCCUAGUUCCAGACGGAGUUUUACGCCGUCCGCUUCCGGCAUCAGAGACUCACAUUCUCUUUCCGCCACAAACCUGUGCGCCAGGCAAAAAGGUAACAGCUUCGUUUGGGGGGCGAGAGCCUCCCCCAGAUAUACGCGACACCCAACUAACUACAGUUUCAGUGAAACCAUUCCUGUAUCCCUGUAUCAAACAACAAGUUUACUCUACCAAAGGCCACCGGUCAUCCCCAGUCACCCAACCAACAGAGAUUACACCCAAACUAAUCGCAGUCCAGAGACCACCCAGUAAAACGAUGGUACGCCUGCUGUAGGGG